AUAAUUGUAAGAGAUAUGUUAUACAUAUUUGUCUUUUACAUGAUCAUCAGUUUACCAUCGAUCUCCAACUCUUCAUAUCAUCGGUCGUGUGAACUCAUUACCAAAAAUGUAGCUAUUUGAAUAUUCGAAUCCGUGUCAAAGAAAGUUCUCUCUCUCUCUCUCUCUGUCUCUCUCAAAAUGGCUCUGCACUCUGGGAAACACUGAAGGAGGCGAUCGUGGCCUACACAGGCCUAUCUCCGGCGACCUUCUUCACACUCUUGGCUCUGCUCGUGACAGCUUACCAUGUGCUUUCUGGGCUUUUUGGGUUGUCCCAUACCCACCAGCGGCCCAGGAGCUUGAAGGAGAUGCAGCGUCUGCCGCCGCCGGUCCAGCUCGGCGAGAUCACCGAGGAGGAGCUGAGGCAGUACUAUGGCUCCGUUCCCAAGAAGCCUCUGCUUACGGAUUCAAUGACUCCUUCCUCUUCUCCUCUCACCCGUUCAUGUCCAUACGAUGUGUUUUUGAGUUUUAGAGGUGUGGAUACACGAAACAACUUCACAGGCCAUUUGCACACUUAUUUGGUUCAGAAGGGAAUUAAUACCUUCAUCGAUGACGAUGAGCUUAGAAAAGGAGAAGAAAUAUCAUCUGCACUUCUCAAAGCAAUUGAAGGGUCAAAGAUUUCUAUAGUCAUAUUCUCUGAAAACUACGCAUCCUCAGGGUGGUGUUUGGAUGAACUUGUUAAAAUCCUUCAAUGUAUGGAGUUGAAGAAACAAUUGGUUUGGCCGGUGUUUUACAAGCUGGAUCCUUCCGACGUACGGUACCAGAAGGGUAAAUUUGGUCAGGCACUUGAUAAACAUGAGUGCAGAUUCAAGGACAACAUGGACAAGGUACAAAGAUGGAGGUCGGCUCUUAGAGAUGCAGCAAAUUUAUCAGGGUGGACUUUCUUGGACGGGCAUCAUGAAGCUAAGUUUAUUAGUAAGAUUGCUGAAGAUAUUUCAGCACAAGUAUCAAAACGUAGCUAUUUAAAUGUGGCAAAGUAUCCCGUUGGAAUAGACUCUCGUGUACAAGAUAUGCUUAAGCUUUUAGAUGUCGGAGGUGGUGAGGUUCGCAUGGUUGGUAUAUGGGGUAUUGGUGGGUUAGGCAAAACAACAAUUGCUAAAGCUGUUUACAACUCAAUUGCCCAUAAGUUUGAAGGUUGCUGUUUCUUGGGAAAUGUUAGAGCAGAUUCAGUACCCCAUCCAGGCCUAGUUCGACUACAAAAUAAUCUUCUUUAUGAGAUUUUAGGGGGCCAGGAAAUGAAGAUGACCGAUGUUGAUAGAGGAAUUCAGGUGAUAAAGGACAGGUUGGGUAGCAAAAGGGUUCUCUUAGUUCUUGAUGAUGUGAAUGAAUUGAACCAGUUGGACAAAUUAGCUGGAGGAUUGGAUUGGUUUGGUUGUGGAAGCAGAAUUAUCAUAACAACAAGAGAUAAACAUUUGCUAAUUGCACAUCAAGUCUAUCCUAUAUAUACUGCCAAGGCAUUAGAUAAUGAUGAAGCUCGUAACCUCUUGACUUUGAAUGCCUUCAAGGAAAACAGAAAUCCAGAUGAGUGUGUGAAAUUCCCAAUUGAUACUGCUCUACUGUAUGCUCACGGCCUUCCAUUAGCUAUAAACAUUUUAGGUUCACUUCUCUGUGGUAAGGGUAUAAAUCAAUGGCAUGCUGCAUUAGAUGGUUACAGAAGAUUUCCUAACAGCGAUAUCCAAAAAGUCCUUCAAAGAAGUUACAAUGCAUUGGAAGAUCCGUUGAAAGAAGCAUUUCUCGACAUUGCAUGUUUCUGAAAAGGUGAAGAUAAGGGGUAUGUGAU